GUGCAUACAUGAUGGCAAAAUGUUCACUAUUAACUAGCCUGUUACCUUUCAGCUCCAAUGGCGAUUCCUCCAUCGUACGUAGACCUUGGCAAAUCUGCCAGAGACAUCUUCAAUAAAGGAUAUGGUUUUGGGUUGGUGAAACUGGAUGUGAAAACAAAAUCUGCAAGUGGAGUGGAAUUCACAACGUCUGGUUCAUCGAACACAGACACUGGAAAAGUGAAUGGGAGCUUGGAGACCAAAUACAAGUGGGCUGAGUAUGGGCUGACUUUCACAGAAAAAUGGAACACAGAUAACACUCUGGGAACAGAAAUUGCAAUUGAAGAUCAGAUUGCCAAAGGCUUGAAGUUGACAUUUGAUACAACUUUCUCACCAAAUACAGGAAAGAAAAGUGGUAAAAUUAAGUCAGCUUAUAAACGUGAAUGCCUAAACCUAGGUUGUGAUGUUGACUUUGAUUUUGCCGGACCUGCAAUCCAUGGGUCAGCUGUCUUUGGUUAUGAAGGCUGGCUUGCUGGUUAUCAGAUGACUUUUGAUAGUGCCAAAUCAAAAUUGACAAGAAAUAACUUCUCUGUGGGUUACAAGACUGGAGACUUCCAACUGCACACUAAUGUAAAUGAUGGUUCGGAAUUUGGUGGGUCAAUCUACCAGAAAGUGAGUGACAAUCUUGAAACUGCCGUAAACCUGGCUUGGACAGCAGGUAGCAACAGCACUCGCUUUGGCAUUGCGGCUAAAUACAAGUUGGAUUCCACUGCUUCUAUCUCUGCAAAAGUCAAUAAUUCUAGUCUAGUUGGAGUGGGUUACACCCAGACCCUGAGGCCAGGUGUGAAGCUUACGCUGUCUGCCCUGAUAGAUGGAAAGAGCAUCAAUGCUGGUGGCCAUAAACUUGGUCUUGGCCUGGAAUUGGAGGCUUAAAAAGGUGAAGAAACUACUGCAGAGAAGGGAUAUCAGAAGAAAUUGGCCUUAAAAUGUAUUUCCAAUGUGACCAGCAGGCUUUUUUUCCCAAGAAGGAUGACCUAGAACAAGAGCUGUAUUUGAAGUACUUAGACAGUUACUUGUUAGCUGGUUUCUAGUUAAAUUGGUUACCCGUCUAGUUAAAAUUCUGCAUUAGUGCAGUCACUUAAACAUUAUUUAAAUGUAUUUAACUGUUUAAUGCGCUACCCACAAAUAAUGAAAUAGACAUUUAUGAAAACUGUACGAUUGUGUGCAUGUUUGUUUUUAUGUUCCUUUUAACAUUCGAUAUUGCCAUGGAAUGAAAAAUGGAUCAGUGGAUGUUUUGAAAUGAGGUCAACAGUAUUGUUAAAUCACCUGAAGUAGCAGUACAUUUGGUAUCCCAAGACAAAUUAUGAAUAAAACAAGUACACACACAUA